CGUCCGCGUUCGGCGUUCUCCCGCCUUGAGAGAAUUAUAAGCGACUACAGGCGAGCGGAGCAGUCGUCUCUCGCCUCGAGAGCCCAAGCAAUACCCAUUACAUAUCGUAUCGCAGUUCACUGAUUAGCAGCCGGCAGCCAGCCAGUCCGCCGCGAUUUGUCGAGCGCUGAGCACGCACCGCCGUCGCCGUCAAGGCGAACAUGCACAAGUGAGUGUCGAACGCGGCAUAGCAUAUACGUCGGCAGCCACGUGCCAAGCCAGCCGCCGAGUGAAUGCGGUCGAGAGACAGCGCUGCGUUGACUGCUGCGCGCAUCGCUCGACGACUCGACUGGCCCGCUCCUAUAAACUCCGGAGAGUUUUAUUCUGUCCUUGCUCCUUGCUUUUCCCUCGGCUGCUUUCACUGCCGACCUCUAUCCGUUUGCUCGUCAUUCCGAUCCGAUUCGCCGUUUCCAUUGGUGCGGGACUGUCGGCUCGCUGGGCGCUUGUUGCGAGCGUGCCGAUCGUUGCUGAACGUGCUCGUCGACAGUUCGCGGCGGGGCCGGGGAGCCGAAGAUGGAGACGUAUUUCCACUGGGCGGACUGGACGGUGUUCGUGCUGAUGCUGACGAUCUCGGCGGGCGCCGGACUCUGGCACUACCGCAAGGCGCGCAAUGCAAACAUGGAAGAGUAUUUGCUGGGCGGCAAGAACCUCAAGCUCUGGCCGGUCGCCGCCUCUCUGGUCGCCAGCUUCAUAUCGGGUGUGACGAUCCUCGGAACGCCCUCGGAGAUAUACAACUUCGGCACUCAGUACUGGAUUACCGUGAUUUCCAUCAUGUUCUCCGGCAUUGUGGUGGCCAAUGUUUACCUGCCCGUCUUUACCACGCUCAAGCUUAAUUCCGCCUACGAGUAUCUCGAGAUGCGAUUCAACCGGGGUGUGAGGAUCUUGAUAUCCCUGAUCUUCGUGGUCGACGUGGUGAUGUACCAGUCCAUCGUGGUGUACGUGCCGGCCUUAGCGCUGAGCCAAGUGAGCGGCAUCAGCAUCCACGCGAUCGGCUGCGUGGUGUGCCUGACCUGCGUGUUCUACACGGUACUGGGUGGCCUGCGCGCGGUCGUGUGGACGGACGCGCUGCAGGUGGGCGUGAUGGUGGGCGCCAUGCUGACGGUCACGGGCCUGGGCACCUACCACGCGGGCGGCCCUUCGGCCAUCUGGGAGAAGGCCCGCGAGCUCCAGCGCAUCCAGUUCCUCAACUUCGACGCCUCGCCCUACACGCGCCACACGGUGUGGACGGUGCUGAUCGGCUCCUGGCUCUACUGCACCGCCUACAUCGCCGUGAACCAGACCAUGGUCCAGCGCUACCAGUCGUUGUCCAGCAUGCGCGCCUGCAAAACGGCGGUGGGCCUCUUCACCGUCGGCACCAUCCUCUUCAUCUCGCUGUGCUGCUGGUGCGGCCUGGUGCUGCUGGCCUGGUGGGCGCCGCCCAGCUGCGACCCCAGGGCCAGCGGCCGCAUCCAGGCCGACGACCAGAUGCUGCCCGCCUUCGUCAUGGAGAUAGCCGGCCAUUUGCACGGCGUGCCGGGUCUGUUCAUCUCGGGCAUCUUCGGCGCGGCGCUCAGCUCGCUGUCCGUCGGCCUCAACUCGACCUCGGUGGUGCUGCUCGAGGACUUCGUCAAGGGCUGCUUCAAGCUCAAGCCCAACGAGAAGUGGGCGAGCAUCUUCGUGAAGAGCGUGGUCGUCGUGCUGGGUCUGGUCGCCCUCGGCCUGGUCUUCGUCGUCGAAAAGCUGGGAGGCGUCCUGUCGGUGACCAACAGCCUCGCAGCCAUUGCCGCCGGGGUCUCCUUCGGGGUGUUCACGCUGGGGAUGUUGUUCCCUUGGGCCAACUCGAAGGGCGCCUUCGUGGGCGCCGUCAUGGGCUUCGUCGUGGCCGGCUGGGCCUGCUUCGGAGCCAACGCUGCCAUCGGCGCCGGCCUCAUCGUGCCGAAGAAGCUGCCCGUGCCUCUCGACCACUGCCCCGCUAACAUCUCCGAGAGCUUUCUCAAGCAGUUUCAGCAUCCCGACGAGGAGGACGUCUUUCCGCUCUACCGCCUCUCGUAUCACUGGUUCACCGGCCUCGGCAGCAUCGUCGUCGUCGUUGUCGGCGGCGCCGUCACCUGGAUCACCGGCCCAACCAAUCCCGCGACGAUCAACAAGGAUCUGCUCUCGCCCGUGAUUCACAGGUGGCUUCCGGAGCCGACCAUCUACAGCGAAGUGUGCAUGUGGCGUCGCGACGUCUCGUCCGAGCUGCCGAGUAGCAGCAUGGCGCUGAGCAAUCGCAGACCGUCGAAAAACAGUAUUCAGCAUUCGAGCGUAACACAGGAGCUAUCGACCGAGCGCACUAGGUACUGAGAGUCGACGAGGGGGCCAGUUUCCGUAGAGGCGCUUGAGCUUGUACUUAAGCUAGAUGUAACCGUUCGUAACUGUACGCCGGAGGAUCAGUGGGUCCGAUCCGUAGAGCUGGUUACUGCGCGGGCUCUGUCGAGGCUGAGAGCCACUGGAGCCACCGAAUCGGCAGACUAAUCCUUCGUAGCGAGAUUUUGUAUUUUAUCCGCGAGAGAUCUUUAUACGUAACUGUUGUCACUAUUUUAUUUACACAAUGCAAGGCAUGUUUUAUAAAGCUUCGAGAUGCAAUACACCGA